CUUUUUUUUACUUAGUCGAGGGAGGAAAAAGAUAAAGAGAAAAAGGAGGCAACUUGGAUUACUAAUCCACAAAUACAGUACUGGUGCAUGUUUUUCUUUAAUCAUUCCAUCUUCAAUAUUUUCUUUAGUCUUCAUCAUCCUUGAAGAAGCAAUGAAUAGUGAAUUUCCUUUUUGUUUUUGGGAGUUUUGGAUUUGUUAAUUGUAUGGUGGGAUGAGAAGUGCCAUGUGUUGAGCUCAGAGUCUUCACAUGGCUUCUCUAAUUUCCAAGUGUUGAGGCCAUAAACUUGAUACAGGAAGACCAGAUUUUUGGCAUUUUCGAGAGAAUCAGUUGCAGAGGAAGACCACCAUAAUUGGUAUUGAAACAAUAAAAUCCCAGUCUUUUAGGAACAGUACAGGGUUGGUAAAUGUGAGGCUGUGGAAAGUGAAGCAGCCCUGCAAAUUUAGUAUUAAUUAAUCUCAGCCCUUCUCAGGCUUUCAGGCUCUCUGGCUCUCAGCACUAGCAAGUAAUGCAUUAUUUUAUGGUGGAAAUUGGAAAAGACCCACAAUUUUCUCCUUAAUCUCCUUAAUCUCUUAACAUGUUGAUGUUUCUUUUAGGCAAACCAGUUCAUUUCUAGCUAUAUACUUUAGUUUAUUUCUCCUCGGAUUUCUAGAGGAAAUUUACAGCUUUAGAGUAAAGGUUUUUUGUCUUUAAGCAUGUUGGUGUUUUCUUACUUCACUCCCCCCUCUUCACACAUUCAUUUCUAUGAUGCAAAAUCCUUGCAUGCUCUGUAGUUUGCUCUGUAAUUCCAUACUUAUUCAGGGCUUCCCUCCUUUUGGCAUCUGGUAAAGGGAUCAACCAGCAAAAUGCUCUGAUUGAGACCUUAUAACCACUUUCACAUUUUUAGGCAAAUCUAGUCUUGAUAUCAUCAGGGAAGCCUUGAUUUUGUCCAGCAACUCUGAUUAAGUAGGCUUUUAUCUUUCCAGUUGAACCCAGUUCACAUUGGGUUUCAACAUUAGGAAAGAAGGGUCUGUUUAUACUUUUCCAUUUUCUUUCAUUUGAUUCUGGAAGAGAAUGGGUUCUACUUGGUGCAUCCUCCAGAAAUCAAUACCAUUAUUUUCUAUGGCAGUCACCUUUUCUGUAAUGGUGACACACUUUUCUGGAUAUGGGAUUUUUUCCGUUUUAAUCACAGGCUUCUUGUUGAUUUUGUCCCCCUUCAUUAUUUUCAUAUAUACAAAGCAAAGCAGAGGAAAACAGAUCGAAGGAGAAGUUGUUGUUCUGAGUCAAAUCUGUGAUGAGCAGCAAGAUUCGUCUCCUCUGGAUCAGGUUUGCAAAACAACAGCACUGCAAGAAGUUCCAGUUGGCAAAGAUGAACAGUGUUUGAGUAUGGAAGAAUCUGAAAGAAAUUUUUCACACACACAGAAAAAGUUCGAAACUGAUCAAACCAUUUCUCAGGAUCAGAAAAGGGCUCAUCAGAAUGAGUUGCGCAGGCAUGAUUUGUAUUCAGAAAGCGACAGUACUGUUGAUCAUUCAUUCUCAAGCGAAGAUUCUGACAAUGAAUGGAGUUAUUCAUACAACUUUGGUCGGAGCCCAGAAUGCUCAGAUGAUUCCAUUUCCGAUGAAGAGAGUUUGAUUGAGAUAGCCAUUCCAAGCGGCCAUUAUGUUUGUCCAAAAGAAGCAGCAGAACCCAACAAGUUCACUCAUCUGCAGCAAAAGCUUCAGAACUACUGCACAGAAACAUUCCUUGAUCAACAUGGUAUUAUCUGGGAGCAGUUUGGGAAGGUUAAUGAUUACAUGAAUGAGGAAGACAAUUUGAUUGAGAUUGACUUGUCCAUGGGAUCCAUCAAGUGUUCCGGGUUUGAGAUUGAAGCCUAGCUAAUUAAUUGAGUGACAAAACAAUUAUAUAUAUAUAUAUGUAAAAUUUUUAAAGCCUUCAUUGUUAUGAAUGAUCAGUAUUCUAAAGUUUUUGAUCCUCUUAUGGAUUUUGAAUCAAUAAUUUGUUUACUUUGUUAGGGAUAUAACCAUACAAGGUGUUAGAUGUUUGAUGAUUACAAGGAUAUGGAAUUGUCUUAUAUUCUGAGUCAACCCCAUGAGAGUAAUUUUGCUCUUAUUGUUAUAUUGACUAAAAGUGGC